AUGCCAAGCACGGCGAGAAUAGGAAGAAGAAGAAACAAUCUCGUACGCCUAAACCUAUGUUUCUCAAAUUUGAUGCAGCCGUUCACACCUGAACCUCCUCCUACGAGCCCCACUCAACAUGAUAUUGAUCACAACCGUCCAUCACCUCCCCGCACCACAUCAUCAUCAAUCAUGUUAAAGAAUUUCAACACUCUCUAUGACUAUGACCAUGCCAUAGCCCUACAGUACCCUUUUUCGCUCCAAACCACCACCUUUGAACCCGAACCCGAACCCAAACCCGCUGACUUCGCCACCGCCUUCGCCUCCCAACGCUUCUUCUUCUCUUCCCCCGGCCGCUCCAACUCCAUCGUUGAAUCCACUAGCAACAACACCGAUUGCACCCCACCCUCUUCCUCCUACUCAAUAUCGUCGUUGAUGGCCACAGCGCCGCCGGCAGAGGAUGAGUCCGCCUCCACCGCCGCCGCCGAUGACGACAAAACUAAGAAGAAAAAGAAAAAUAAGCUGUUUUUGAACGGCAGCGUGGCCGUGUCGACGUACUCGCCGGACCCUUACCUGGACUUCCGGCGGUCGAUGCAGGAGAUGGUGGAGGCGCGUCCGGAGUUGAUGGACGUGAAGUCCAAUUGGGACGUGUUGCAGGAGCUUCUUCUAUGCUAUCUUGCGCUCAACCCCAAGAGCAUCCAUAAGUUCAUUCUUGGUGCUUUCGCUGAUCUUCUCGUUAGCCUCAUGUCAUUCUCUUCUUCUUCUUCUUCUUCUUCGCCGCCGCCGAAUCCCAAUCCGGCAGACGUCUCCGCCGGUGGCCGUUGA